CUACACUCGAAAGGUCAUUUCGAAACUUGAGUUGUUGACUGGAAAGCAAGUCGGAAACGAUGGUGACCUUUCGGUCGACUGUGUUCCUGCAAGCCUUGGGCCUUAUCUACGCUAUUGCGUUUUGCUCUUUGUACAGCCAAGUGCAAAGCCUCUUUGGACCGGAUGGGCUAGAGCCUGUAGCUCCGUUCAUGGCGAAACUUCUGCAAGAUUUGGGAGACCAUCCGUUAAACAGGUUUGCCCACGUGCCAAGCCUUGUGUGGUUUCACGACAGUGUCGGCUUGACGCCUGACCUGGCAAUGGAACUGCUCUGUUUGGGGGGGAUGGCCUUGGGGACUUUGGCCGCCGCAAACAUCCUCAUCGCCCCGGAAACAUUUGGAGCGAUGUGGCUGUCGUAUCUAUCUGUCAUUUUGAUGGGUGGCUCGUUCACUCGUUUUCAGUGGGACUCUUUGCUUUUGGAAGUCGGAUUCUUGGCCAUUUGGUUGGCCCCACCGUUUGGCAACUCGAGUUUGUUUGAGCCACCUCAGAUCGUUCUGUGGGCGCUCCGCUUCGUCUUUGUCAAGUUCAGCUUCAUGACCAGCGUGUCCAAGAUCCUCUCGGGGUGUCCCACGUGGCUGGGCCUCACCGCGCUCGACUACCACUUUGCAACCCAAGAACUUCCAAACCCGCUCAGCUGGUACGCUCACCAACUUUCGCCGGGUGUGCACAGCGUGUUUGCAGCUGCCUCCCUGUACAUUCAAGGGCCGUUGGUCUUGCUCAGUCUGUCGCCGUCGGCGUGGCACCGCUACCCAGUGUUCUACCUCAACCUUGCGCUACACAUUUCAAGCUUGUUCACUGGCAACUAUGGUUUCUCCAACGCGUUGGCGAUUGCAUUGGCGUACACUGUCUUGCCUGCGGCCACCGACCCACAGACGGACCGAUUCAAGUCGGUGCAGUAUACUGCGAUUGCGGUUGGCUUCUUGGGGCUCACGAUCACAACGUACUCGAUGUUUGAAGUCGUGUACGAAAACAACCAGCCCACGGGUCUUCGAUACGCAUUCCGUGUCGGUCAAACCCAACAAGCGCUCAAGUACAUUGUGCCUGGGGUGGUAUGGGGCGCCCUCGGGGUGGCCGCCGUCGCCGCCGUAUGGCAAAACCUGCGGUUGCUGUAUGCUGGAUGUGUGGACUUGAUGCAUUUUCGCAUCGGCGGGGCGUUUGCGUCGGGCCAUUGCGCGCUCUUCAGUGUCAUUGGUCUGCUUGUAUUUGGUGGUCUGGUCAUGCCAGUAGCCCAAUUGCACCCUGGGUGUUCCGACACGUUGCCAGACGUGAUAAAGACCGCGUCGGUGGUCGCGUCGCGUCUGCGUGUCUCGUCCGCGUACGGGAGUAUGAAAAAAGCCACGGGCAUCCAAAAAGUCACGAUUCCUGGCACGUUUGUCAACGAGUUUGCAAUUGUGGCGCGGCCAGAAGUGAUUCUGGAAGGCUCUGCCGACGACGGCAAGACAUGGCACGCCCUGGACUUUCGCCACAAGCCUGGCAAUAUCCAUGUAGCGCCAACCUUCGUGGCGCCCCAUCAAAGCCGGAUCGACUGGCUUAUGGCCGCAGCCGCCAAAGGCAACUACAGCGAACACCCGUGGCUUGUUCAUUUCGUCACCAAGUUGUUGCAUGGAUCGCCUGCAGCCAUCCAGUCGCUGGAUUUGGCUAAAACCCCGUUUUCGACUGCGACCCCACCCAAUGCUGUCCGUGCGCAGCUGUAUCACUACGACUUUACCCGGUGGAACACGUCGUGGGCACGCGACCUUCCACAAUUGAAAGUUAAUCACGCAACUACUACCAACUCAAGCGCCAAUGGUUCUUUGUCAUCGCCUUGGUGGACCCGGGUAAUACCAUCCGACAUCAUCCGAGAGUUUGGAUGUUUGGACUACAGUAGCUCAUCGGUACAAUGCCGUAGACGCUCGUGAAGGAGUACUUGCCCGCUGUGGACUUGAAGAACCCGUCGUUGUCGAAAUUCAUCGAGGAUUUUGGAUGGCCAACAGUCACAGUGCCGAGUGACGUUGGGGCCACGUAUUGUGCGACGACGUCAAGCCACCCCAGGUUGUGCCACGUCUUGGUCACGUUGCACUUGCUGGACCACAUUCGCAUCUACUUGAUUGCAUCGUUCGCUGUGUUUAUGUUGGCCAAGGUCCGUCUCGACCGCUGGCUGACGCCACUGGAAGGCGGCGGCGACGUGGCUGGCUUGGUGAACAAACAAAAGGUUGAUUGAUAGCUGCUUUUGCUUACAAUUAGCAAUAGAGCUUAGAUACUGUAAGAAAUAAUGGACUCAAACUCGCCAGCCAAAGUGCGAGCGUUUCACGGA